AUGGGUGUAGAGAGGGGUCCUUGCCCUCUUUGUGCCUAUUUGUUGAAACCGGGGUUUUGUGAACUGCAGCGUCAAGGAAGGAAGGGAGGAAGGAACAAUAAUAAAGAAAUAUUAAAAAAAAAAAAGACUUCUGCCAAAAUAAAAGUUAAACGAAAGCGAAAAAAAAAAGGGGAAAAAAUGGGCAGUCCAUCACCAACGGAGAGGUCCGAGUUUGGACGCAAUGUAUAUGUUGCCAGCCUUCCCCUGGACUUUGAUGAUCAGCAGCUCUUUGACCUCUUUGCGCAGUACGGGCCCAUUAGCUCCGCACGGAUCAUGCGGAAAAAAGGAACGCGGGAGUCAAAGGGUUAUGGCUUUAUUUUAUACAAGAAUGUCGCCUCGGCUGCGCUGGCCAUUUCGAGUCUCUCCGGUGGUAUUAUUGGAGGAAGCCGAAUUCAGGUGCGCCUGGCACAUCCGGAUGCCUCCACCGCGUACAAUAGUCAACGGACCUCGAAGAGCAGCAGUUCAACUCCUGGCGGUCGUUCCUUGCAGGCCGUCCAUCAUCCACCGCCAUCCCCAUUGAAGCUGCAACCACAAUCACAGCCACAGCCACAGCCACAGCCGCUGCCGCUGCCGCAGCCUCAGGUGCAACCGAUACCGCCACUUGUCCAGCCGCAUCCGCCAGCGUUAGGGUCAACGGCUGCAGCCAAUCCGGCGAUGAUGAUAGCACCCGUUCAACUUCCCACACUUUAUCCAGCAAUGUACCCACCCACUGUUUUUCCUGUCAUGCCCCCCACCCCAACCCCUGCCAUAUCCGGAGGAACCAGUCCACAAUUAAUGUUGGUGCCGCAGUUUACCUCACAACUGCAACAAAUGAAUUCACAGCCAACCUUUUAUAUGCUUUUGCCAGACAACGCAAUGUCCAACCCUUCUCUUGUGUAA